GCUCGCUUUGACGAGGACGAAUCCUGGCAAACUGAUUUGGACACAUGGCGUCGAAAACGAAAAACGAAAACAUCCAAACAAUCAGCAGCUGCGGAACCAUUAAAUCCAGCCAAAGACUAUCGUCCCGUUGCUAAGGAUUACAAUAGCCCACCGAAUUUCGGUCGAAAUUAUAAGGUAUGCUCGAAAAGUGCUUUCUUAACGCAGUAUUCUAUAUAUCUUUAUGAUUGGUUGGCCGCGCCCAGUAAUGUUGAUGACCAAUCAAGUGAUAGGUAG